UGCUCGUUGACAACUGCGCAUGCACAUGAUCCCCGAUCUACGCCUCAGCCCACAGCAGCAGCAGCAAUGGCUCUCCUUAAAACUACCAAGUUUUUAUCCUCUGUUGGGAGUUUUAAGCCGUCCUUAGGUGCUUUACCCAUUCGAGCAAGUUCAUGGUGGAGUGAAGUUCAAAUGGGACCACCUGAUCCCAUCCUGGGAGUGACAGAGGCCUUUAAACGGGAUACAAACCCUCAAAAGAUGAACCUGGGUGUGGGGGCAUACAGGGAUGAUAAUGGCAAACCAUACGUUCUCAGCUGUGUCCGCAAGGCAGAGGCUCUGAUUGCCUCUAAGAUGCUGGAUAAAGAGUAUCUGCCUAUUGGGGGUCUGGGAGAUUUUACCAAGGCUUGUGCUGAACUGGCACUGGGGCCUGACAGUGAGGUUCUUAAAAGCAAGAGGAGCAUAACAGUCCAAACAAUCUCAGGCACUGGUUCUCUGAGGAUUGGAGGAAACUACCUGUCACGGUUUCACUUAGUGGGAAAAGAUGUAUAUUUGCCGAAGCCAUCCUGGGGAAACCACACUCCUAUUUUCCGUGAUGCUGGCAUGCAGCUGAAAGCGUACCGUUACUAUGAUCCUGCUACCUGUGGUUUUGACUUUGCUGGGGCUCUCGAUGAUAUCUCAAAAAUUCCAGAGAACGGCGUAAUCAUGCUUCAUGCUUGUGCUCAUAACCCCACUGGUGUUGAUCCCAAACCAGAGCAAUGGAAGGAGCUCUCAGCUGUCAUCAAGAAGAGGAAACUUCUGGUGUUUUUUGACAUGGCCUAUCAGGGCUUUGCCAGUGGUGAUAUUGAUCGAGAUGCCUGGGCUGUAAGACACUUCAUUGAUCAGGGCCACAACAUUCUCUUGUCUCAGUCUUUUGCUAAGAACAUGGGUCUCUAUGGAGAGCGUGUGGGGGGCUUCACAAUAGUGUGUGCUGAUGCCGAUGAGGCAAAGAGGGUGGAGUCUCAGCUGAAGAUUCUGAUUCGCCCCAUUUACUCCAACCCACCCAUGAAUGGAGCUCGCAUUGCCUCUACCAUCCUCACCUCUCCUGAUCUGCACUCUAUAUGGCUGAAGGAGGUGAAGGACAUGGCAGACCGUAUCAUCAAGAUGAGAGAAAUGCUGGUGGCAAACCUAAAGAAGGAGGGAUCUACUCACAAUUGGCAGCACGUAAUUGACCAAAUCGGAAUGUUCUGCUUCACUGGGCUUAAACCGGAGCAGGUGGAACGUCUGACAAAGGAGUUCUCUGUUUACAUGACUAAGGAUGGCCGUAUCAGCGUUGCGGGUGUGACCUCUGGAAAUGUGGGUUACCUUGCACAUGCCAUUCACCAGGUCACUAAGUAGAUCAAAGAAUGCUGAUACAGGAGAUUUGUCUAAAGCUUUUACAUCAUGCCCUGUUUCUAUUAGUUCGCCUCACCAUUUCUCUUUGGAGCUUCAACUUAUUUAGCUGUUUUAACAAGGUUAAUGUUAAUGCAAAAAUACGUCUGACGGUGUUUGACUCCUGAGUCAUCUCACUGGUCAUCUUGUGAUUUGACUAAUGAGCACAACAUUUUCAUCAUGGUAAAAAUCCUAUAUGAACUUUAUUUAUUGUAUGAGUUAAGUCACAUGUACAACAAUAAAUGGUAUUGUUUUCAUGUCA